AUUUUUUGUUUUUUAUUUAUUUAUUUUUUGAGAUGGAGUCUCACUCUAUUGCCCAGGCUGGAGUGCAAUGGCGCGAUCUUGGCUCCCUGCAAGCUCCGCCUCCUGGGUUCAUGCCAUUCUCCUGCCUCAGCCUUCCGCGUAGCUGUGAUUACAGCUCUGUGGAGGGGCCCUCUGGUAUGUUUGUCCCUGUCCUUCUGGGGCUUGGAUGGUGCCUGGGACCCAGCUGGCAACCAGUUGAAGACGUUCUCCUUGGAAGCUCUUGGCCCUGAGGACUUUGCCUGGGGCAUUGGCCCUGCCAUGGCGUUCCGGAGGGCCGAGGGCACAUCUAUGAUCCAGGCCCUGGCCAUGACGGUGGCCGAGAUCCCCGUGUUCCUGUACACAACGUUUGGGCAGUCUGCAUUCUCCCAGCUACGGUUGACGCCAGGCCUGCGGAAAGUCCUCUUUGCCACGGCCCUGGGGACUGUGGCCCUGGCCCUGGCUGCCCACCAGCUGAAGAGGCGACGGAGGAGGAAGAAGCAGGUUGGUCCCGAGAUGGGAGGGGAGCAGCUGGGCACGGUGCCCCUCCCUAUCCUCUUGGCCAGGAAGGUCCCUUCAGUGAAGAAAGGAUACUCCGGCCGGAGAGUCCAGAGCCCCAGCAGCAAGAGCAAUGACACCCUGAGUGGCAUCUCUUCCAUUGAGCCCAGCAAGCACUCGGGCUCCUCCCACAGUGUGGCCUCGAUGAUGGCAGUGAACUCAUCCAGCCCCACAGCCGCGUGCUCGGGACCAUGGGAUGCCAGAGGGAUGGAGGAGUCUCUGACCACCAGUGACGGCAAUGCAGAGAGCCUGUACAUGCAAGGCAUGGAGCUGUUUGAGGAAGCUCUGCAAAAGUGGGAGCAGGCACUAAGCGUGGGCCAGCGGGGGGACAGCGGCAGCACCCCCAUGCCCAGGGACGGCCUCCGGAACCCAGAGACUGCAUCAGAGCCACUGUCUGAGCCAGAGUCACAGCGGAAGGAGUUUGCAGAGAAGCUGGAGUCCCUGCUGCACCGUGCCUACCACCUGCAGGAGGAGUUCGGUUCCACCUUCCCUGCAGACAGCAUGCUGCUAGACCUCGAGAGGACCCUCAUGCUGCCCCUGACCGAGGGCUCGCUGCAGCUGCGGGCGGACGAUGAGGACAGCCUGACCUCAGAGGAUUCCUUCUUCUCCGCCACCGAGCUCUUUGAGUCCCUGCAGACCGGAGAUUACCCGAUCCCACUCUCCAGACCCGCCGCUGCCUAUGAGGAGGCCCUGCAGCUGGUGAAGGAGGGGAGAGUGCCCUGCCGGACCCUCAGGACGGAGCUGCUGGGCUGCUACAGUGACCAGGACUUUCUGGCCAAGCUGCACUGUGUGCGGCAGGCCUUCGAGGGGCUUCUGGAAGACAAGAGUAACCAGCUUUUCUUCGGGAAAGUGGGCCGACAGAUGGUGACAGGCCUGAUGACCAAGGCUGAGAAGAGCCCCAAAGGCUUCCUGGAGAGCUACGAGGAGAUGCUGAGCUAUGCCCUGCGGCCCGAGACCUGGGCCACGACACGGCUGGAGCUGGAGGGCCGAGGGGUGGUAUGCAUGAGCUUCUUUGACAUCGUGCUGGACUUCAUCCUCAUGGACGCCUUCGAGGACCUGGAGAACCCUCCGGCCUCGGUGCUCGCCGUCCUGCGGAACCGCUGGCUGUCAGACAGCUUCAAGGAGACGGCCUUGGCCACUGCUUGCUGGUCGGUCCUGAAAGCCAAGAGGAGGCUGCUGAUGGUGCCUGACGGCUUCAUCUCCCAUUUCUACUCCGUAUCGGAGCAUGUGAGCCCUGUCCUAGCCUUCGGCUUCCUUGGACCCAAGCCUCAGCUUGCUGAAGUCUGUGCUUUCUUCAAGCACCAGAUUGUGCAGUACCUGAGGGACAUGUUCGACCUGGACAAUGUGCGCUACACGUCACUGCCCGCGCUGGCAGACGACAUCCUGCAGCUGUCCCGGCGCCGCAGCGAGAUAUUGCUGGGGUACCUGGGGGUGCCUGCAGCCAGCAGCGCAGGCGUGAAUGGGGCACUGCCCCGAGAGAAUGGGCCCCUGGGGGAGCUGCAGUAGAGGCGGCACGGGCUGGGGGGCGGCAGAGAGAAGGCUCCUCCUCCCUUCCCUGGGUUGGUAUCUGACAGCUGUGGUGGCUGAGGGCCGUUGCCCCUGACUUUGCCCCACCCCCAUCAUCUGGGAGUCCCCAAGGCCCAGAGGGGACAUUUCCAUGGAGAAGAACGGUUCCUGGGGGAAGCAGAGGCCAGGACCAGUGGGGCCUGUGGGAGAGAAAGGCUGUGAGAGAGGGGGGUGUUGUGGAGAAUUGGGACAGGCAGAGCCAGGAUGCCCCAGGUGGGAGACCCCAAAACAUCCCAUCACCCCAGGGCUGCUGACAAGGGUGCUGGGAGGGUGGAGGUGAAGGAUGGGGCCUAGAGCCCUGUGGUGAAGGUCACAGUGUCCUGAGCCAGAAGCCACCUGUGGCUGUAUGGUCUCAGCAUCCAGGCAUCCAGCUGGCCUGUCCUGAUGCCCUCCCCAGCUCAACCGCCUUCUCAGAGAGUUUGCAACUCCAGAGAAGGAGAGUGGGGCCACCUUAGUGGGCAGCAGGCCCGAGCCAUCCAGAGGUGGGCCUCCCACUCCUGUGCUCUCUUCGGAGCAGGGACUGGGCCCUUGACAAACCCAAGCACCAAACCAGGACACUGUCCUUUGACAUUCCCUCGCCCUACCAAAGAUCGUCUUUUCUCCUCCCACCUCUGUCACCACCAAAGACGGGCAGAGGUGGGGCUGGGCCCUCCUGCCCCCGCCCAUCCCCCUUCCAUGAGCCCGGACCUCCCUGGGUGGUGCUAGGCUCUGAGCUGGGGGCUCAGACCAGGGAUCGCUCAGGCCCCUGUCACCUGUGGGCCCGGGGACCACUUGGGGGAGGUCAGAGGAGGUAUGUGGCCGGACCAGCUUCCCCACCUUCAUUAGGACAAGAAACUGCCCAGCACUUUGCCUUCAGUUCAACGCACAAACGCUCCUGGGGCCUCAUGGGGGCAGAACCUCCCCUGGGCCUACAGAGAGUCCUGUUAGCAGCGAUGUCCCCCCGCCGUGGGGUCCUAUCAGCCUGGCAGUGUCUUCUCAGUGUCUUCACCUGAGCAAGUGUCUGUGGCCGCAACGCGUUCUGCUGUGGCUCUGCCCUUUCCAGGUUGAGAGGCCUGCAGGAGAAACAGACUCCCCUCCUGGGUUUCCACACUCAGGAGUCAGAGGACUGGCUCCUGUGACCAGGGCCCCUCUCCCCUGAAUGGGAAAGGGGUCUGGGGAUGGGAGGGCGCACCACAGAGAGGAGAUGAUGCUGGGUGUGGCCCAUCUUCUGUGGGCCCCUUCCCAGACACCGGAUCCAUGGGCACUAACCCGCCUCCCAGGCUGAUGCCCGGAGGCAGCUUCCUGGGCAGGAGGGUUCCAUGGGCACUAACCCACCUCCCAAGCUGAUGCCCGGAGGCAGCCUCCAGGGCAGGAAGGACCCUGUGCUCCCCGCCCCCCAUCCUGACAUCCUGUUCUUUUGCACUUACCCUGUGCUGUGAAUGUAACAGUGGGCCUUGGCCCCGCCCACUCUGAUUUGCAUUUUCAUUUGUCUUUGUUUACACAUCCGUGCACUGCCUGUAGCAGUCGAUUGUCAGCUUCGACUUUUGGAUGGUAGAGUGUGUGCACUGACUGUGAGUCGAAUAAACAAUUGAGACGAUUUCCUUCCA